AUGAUAGAUCAAAAUCGAGAUGGCUUUGUUGAUAAAGAUGACCUCCAUGACAUGUUGGCAUCCCUUGGUAAAAAUCCAACGGAGGACUAUUUAGAAAACAUGAUGAAUGAGGCACCAGGGCCUAUUAACUUUACCAUGUUCCUUACCCUUUUCGGUGAGCGUCUUCAAGGCACUGAUCCAGAGGAUGUAAUUAAAAAUGCAUUUGGAUGUUUUGAUGAAGAAAACAUGGGUGUUAUUGCUGAGGAGCGUCUACGCGAACUGCUCACAACUAUGGGUGACAGGUUUACUGAUGAUGAUGUUGAUGAAAUGCUUCGCGAGGCACCAAUCCGUGAUGGGUUGUUUGACUAUGUUGAAUUUACUCGCAUUUUGAAGCAUGGUGCUAAGGACAAAGAUGAACAG